CAGCCUACAAAGAAAAGAUGAAGGAGCUCCCGCUCGUGUCCCUCUUCUGUUCCUGUUUUUUCUCUGAUCCUUCAAAGAAACAGACCUACAAAUAUGAUGCAGAUACAGUGGACCUCACGUGGUGUGUCAUCUCAGACAUGGAAGUCAUAGAAUUAAACAAACGAACUUCAGGCCAAGCUUUUGAGGUCAUCCUAAAGCCUCCUUGCUUUGAUUGUGUCCCAGAGUUAAAUGCCUCACUCCCCCAACGCCGGGACCCAUCACUGGAAGAGAUCCAGAAAAGACUUGAAGCUGCUGAAGAAAGACGCAAGUGUCAAGAAGCCGAGCUCCUCAAACACCUGGCAGAGAAAAGGGAACACGAGCGUGAAGUCAUUCAGAAAGCCAUUGAGGAGAACAACAAUUUCAGCAAAAUGGCCAAAGAGAAGCUGAUACAGAAAAUGGAAGUCAACAAGGAGAACAGGGAGGCCCAUCUAGCCGCUAUGCUCGAGCGUCUGCAGGAGAAGGAUAAGCAUGCAGAAGAAGUUAGGAAAAACAAAGAGAUGAAGGAAGAAGCUUCCAGGUAG